CAACGCAGGCUCCGACAUCCAGCUGGGAGAUCAGUCGUCGAGGACGUAGUUCUCUGAAGCUCACCUUCAGUUGAAGUGGUACUUUGCCAUUAGUGUUUGAUUACUACAUUGCGGAUCAUAGUUGAACCCAAUUGCGAAAUCAAAACGAAAAAAAUGCAAUUCCAUCGCCUUUUGCUCCGCUUUCUUGUGUGUUUCGCCUCUUUCCAUUUCUCCGUGGGGACGCUCGGCUUCGCUAAUAUGUACGCCAAACGGCUCUACGACGAUUUGCUCAGUAAUUACAAUCGACUCAUCAGACCAGUUAACAACAGUACGGACAAGCUGACAGUUUGGUUGAAUCUUAAACUGUCACAGCUCAUUGAAGUGAGUCUAAGAAAUCAGGUCAUGACCACUUCAAUGUGGUUGGAACAGAAAUGGACCGACUAUCGUCUGGUGUGGGAUCCAGCCGAUUACGAGGAUGUGGAAAUGCUCUACGUACCAGCUGAAAACAUCUGGUUGCCCGACAUUGUCUUGUACAACAAUGCUGACGGAAAUUACGAGGUGACCUUACUUACCAAAGCUACUGUCCAUCAUACGGGUCUGGUCAACUGGAAUCCACCGGCCAUCUACAAGUCCAGCUGCGAGAUGGAUGUCGAAUGGUUUCCAUUCGACAAGCAGAGUUGCCUCAUGAAAUUCGGAUCGUGGACUUACGACGGCCACGAAGUUGAUUUGAUGCACAUGAUGCAAGAGGGUGACAGUGGAAUCGAUGUCGUCUCGGCCAACAUCGUUACUGGUAUCAAUUUAACUGAAUUCUACCCAUCGGUCGAAUGGGACAUUCUCGAUGUUCCAGCCAGGAAGAAUGAAGAAAGAUAUCCUUGCUGCGAAGAACCUUAUCCAGAUAUCACUUUCAAUGUGACAAUGCGUCGCAAAACCCUGUUCUAUACUGUCAACUUGAUCAUCCCCUGCGUGGGCAUCACGUUUCUAACGAUUCUCGUAUUUUACCUGCCAUCCGAUUCCGGUGAAAAGGUCACCCUGUGCAUUUCAAUUCUCGUCUCGCUGACUGUCUUCUUCCUCCUGCUGGCUGAAAUUAUUCCUCCCACGUCACUGGCCGUGCCCUUACUGGGCAAAUAUCUCCUUUUCACCAUGAUCCUGGUGACAGUCUCCAUUAUCGUCACUGUUUGUGUUCUCAACGUCCAUUUUCGGUCGCCUGCUACGCAUCACAUGUCUCCCUGGGUCAAGAAAGUCUUUACGGUCAUCAUGCCUCGACUGUUGCUCAUGAGUCGACCCAUUUACCUUUGCCAGGGAAGUUGUGGUGACGAGAGAAAGAAGAAGAAUCAAUUCUACAACGGCAUCGACUUCGGCAGGAACGAUUCGACACCGUACAUUUAUGCUCAUACUUAUCGUAAGAAUCCUUCAUGCCCGUCGGAGAUCCCUGGAGAAACUGUUCCGACUAACGAUAUCACAGCAACGUUUGAACUUCGUUCUUCCACCUAUGGCAGUUACGCUUCAAGCAAUCAGCCCAGGCAACCGAUUUAUCACAAUUUCGGCCCUUUAACUUAUGGCGAUGAUGAUCUAUUGCCGCCAGAUGUCAGCUGUGCGCUGAGAAGCAUCCAGUUCAUUGCCAAACACACGAAAGACACUGACAGGGAGAUUGAGGUGAUUGAAGACUGGAAAUUUGUGGCUAUGGUUUUGGAUCGUUUCUUCCUCUGGAUCUUCAUCGUCGCCUGUUUUGUCGGCACGGCAGCCAUCAUCUUUGAAGCGCCAUCGCUCUACGACGAGACCAUUCCGCUGGAUCAGCUAUCUCAUGCCUAUUUUCCAGUAGCGCCGACGGCAACUAAAUUGUCUAUUUGAAAAACGCAGCAUCCAUUUUUUCUUCUCUCUUUUUUUUUUCCAGCAUCAUGAAAACGCAGUUGAUCCAGCGUUUCUUUCUUCCGUUAUAUGUACACAUCCAUUUUACUUACGA